AUGGCGGUUUUUGAUAUGGGCGUCGUGGGCAGUCGCCCAGCCGGCACGUCAUGGGGGCAGUACUUGGACGCCUAUUUAAACACCUUUUUGACUUCGGCAGAAAAACACUUCAUGGUUGGACUACCGGUAACCUUCUAUGUGUUUACUGAUCAACCAGAGAAAGUACCAAACAUUACUUUAGCUCCUCUGCGACACCUGAACGUUAUCAAGGUGGAGAGGUACAGCAGGAGGCAGGACAUCUCAAUGAUGAGGAUGAAGACCGUAUUAGAUAUAAUUGAAAAAGAGCUCCGUCACAACUUCAAUUAUGUCUUUUGUUUGGAUGAAGAUCAAGAAUUAAAGAGGCGCCUCGGCUCUGAGGCUCUCGGGGAGUCUGUGGCUGUGCUGCACGUCUACUAUUACAAACUUCCAAAGACACAGUUCACCUAUGAUAGAAACCCCAAAUGCAAAGCCUACAUGACAGAAGGAGAUUACUAUUACCAUGCAGCAGUCUUUGGAGGGUCAUGUGAUGCAGUUAAAGCAUUGGUAGAUUAUUGCUAUUUGAGCACAAUGGAGGAUAAAUUAAAUGACGUUGAAGCUUUGUGGCACGAUGAGAGUCAUCUAAACAAGUAUUUCUGGCUUAACAGACCUAGCAGAAUUUCUUCUGAGUACUGCUUUGACCCACAGAUUCGUUACAAGACUGAAGUCAUAGUCCCUCGUUUACUAUGGGCACCAAAACAAUAUACAAAACUUUGCACUUAGGGCAAAUAUUUAAAGAUGUUUUGAAACAAAAUACAUCAAAUACUCAAUGGAAGAAGCUGAUGUAUGUUAAAUCUCUGGGCAAGAAUGGUCUAUUUUCGAACUUUGAGCCAAGGCACACUUUAUCCUAGACAGUCCCCCCCACAGUCUCAC